AUGAAAUCCCUUGAUGUACAACUCACAGACCUUCCUACAGAGCUCCUGGUCUUGAUUCUUUCAUACUUACCGGCUUCGGAUCUAUUGUCAUGCAAUCUCGUAAACUCUCCAUUCUACACAAUCAUUUCCAACUCUGUUUAUCUCCAGUACAACAUCGAGUUGUACAAAGCAUGCGCUUUGGAUAACAAGAAUUGCACUCUCAGCUGCGCAGAGAAGUUGACAAUGCUCCAAAAGAGAGAAGAAGCCUGGUCAAAUUGUACACCGAGCUUUCAUAGAAUCGUACCCCUCAACUUCACUCCAGGAAGUGUUUACGACUUUUCAAGUGCUGUAUACCUGCUCGGAGACUAUACACGCCAGCGUCUCCAUUAUCUUCGCCUUCCGCACCUUCCCAAUCAAGAACCUCAGUGGUCCGUCUUUCCUUCCGAUGACAAUCGGCACAUCGUCGAUUUUGGGUUGAACUUACACGAGCAUGAUUUGAUUGCCUUGGUCACCGCGGAGCUUCAUUCUCAAUCCACGUCUUCCUCGUCGGCCAUGCUGUCCAUCGAUCUAUCUCUGCGCCAAUUUUCAACGGGGGAUCAUCAUCCCCUAGCCAAGGUUCCAUCGAUCCACGUCGUUGUCUCUGAGCUUCGAUGGGGUAGCCCAUCUAUCAAUCUAGAGAUUGUCGGGAAAUAUCUCGCUCUCGUGACCACUUUUUGGAGAAAUCCAAACUCAAAAUGCAUGGUCACUGUGUAUGAGUGGCAAACCGGAAAAAUGGUGAUGGAUAUUAAUGGACGUCCCGAGUCUUAUUCCGGCGUUGUCUUUAUCUCUGAGAACAUCAUACUUCUCCCAAACACCGAGACACGAGCGUUGGAACUUUGGAAAAUACCUGGCCCUAAUGAACAUUCCCCUUCCUCACCGUUACGGCAACUUGCACUUCCUAGACUAAUGCCACAUAAUGUGCUUCGCUUCAUAUCCUGCCGUGGAGAGCCCAAUCCGAGUGGGUCGAUUCACGACCCAAAAUACUCCGACCGUCCUUUCCACUACGAUCCCCUCGAUUCCAUCCUCCUUCUUCACCUUAGGGUCCAAGGGAUACAUCUGUCCUCUCUAUUCACCAUUUUCAUUCAUCGGCGAUCACUUUUGAAUCUUCUGCCUCCUCACGCGCCUUUCGUAGACAUCGACGUUGAAAAGCCCGUUCCAUGGGCGGAAUGGGCUCCGCCGAUUACAUUUUGCAUUGACCUUGGUGGCGGUAUACCUUCGCGGUGGAUAACUACCACAUGUGGCCAGCGCUUCGUCGUUCUACCUGGCCCAGGGGAUGACGUCGAUGAUUCAGACACGCCGGAGGAUGAUCUCAGGCGCAAGCCUCGUGCAAUCGUGGUUUUUGACUUCAACCUACACAAUGUUCGCAAAGCGGAGCGUGAGUUGGAAGUAGAUCCUGAUGCAACAACGAAGAUUGUCAGUCGGGAGAAAAAGGUGAUGGAUGCGCAAGAGAUAUUUGCGGAAGACAUCGUCUCCUGUCUACCUUACGUCGUUUCUGCAACCACUAAAAAGUACCGCCUGGAUGGGGUGCUUAUGGAUGAAGACAGGGUAUUGGGGUUGCAGGUAAGUCGAGAUCAUCUCGUUUCUUCCAUUGCCAUGGAUUGA